CGUUCUGACCAUCAUCCCCGUGGUUCGUGGAUAGACUUAUUUCCGUUGCACCAAUGAGAAGUGCAAAACCUUUCCACACAGCCCACAGGGAAGACUCGCGACGGCAUCGUGUCGCAGGUGCGUGAUGUGUUAUCCUAUUUUAACUCUCGCUCUCUCUCGCUGCCUCUGUGAUCCAGACUGACCACAAUGGCUUCGAUAUUGGCGGCAUCUCUUUCACCACCCUAUAUAGCUCAUUCUUUGCAAAAGAUGUGGGCUGAGCUGCAAGACUCUAAUGCAAAAGAUGUGAAACAGGGUUUAAUUAUUGAAUUUCUCAAUGGAAUUGAAAGAUAUGACUAAGCUAAAAAUUGAUAUAGUCAUAUAAAUCACCUUUUCUUCAGGCCGAAUACUCGUAGGGUAAUACUUUGGACUUAUGUGGCAGAAAUAAGAAAAUAAAUUCAGAGAUUAAGUAAGACUGAUGUGGCAUCACCUGGUCAUUAGAUCUAGUGAUGGCAAUCAAAAAUCGUUCCACAUUAGGUAAUAUUAUCUAAAUGCACUGAUCCCAUCAAUCAAAACCCGCCAGAGGGCUUAUAAGUAAUUAUUUUAUUGCUUAUAAGUUUUUCUUUGGGCACUUGCCCUCAUCUUUUGCAUUACAGCCUUGCAGCUCAGCCCUCAUCUUUUGCAAAGAUACAGCUAUAUGAGCUGCUUUCACUCCUGAUACUUGUGGUAGUGAGGCUUUGGGAGAAGGGCAAACGCAAGCAGGUAAAUUCGGCUCCAAAACACAUCCCUUUCGUCGAACAAAGCGAACUUAUAGGCCGAAUUGCCGUCGCGUGGAUUUGGGAACUUGUGGAUGUCCUAUAUCACGUCUAUCUCUAAUGUUAUUCGAACAAAAGCAGCUAUUCAAGUCGCUGCAAAGCGGUAUUAUGGCCAACUCUUUACCUUUCCUCUUUUCGGCGAAUGGGUGGUCUUGACGACGACGAAAGAGCACGUGAAGGAUCAGCUCAAUGCGCCCGAGUCGAUUCUCUCAAUGGAGGCAGCUACGGAGGAGCUGCUGCAAACGCAUCACACUGUCGGCCCACUGUUCUGCUCAGAGACCUACCAUAUCCCAGCCAUCAAGACCGCUUUGAAUCUCAAUUUGGCCAACAAACUGCCAGACAUCUUGGACGAAAUGCUCUUGGCUUUCAAUGAGGAGUUGAAUCUUUCGGAAGGCCGCAAUUCAAAAUACCGCAAGCUCUUGAAUGGGUUUUCCGACGAUAUAAUCACUGGAGGUGCUAUUAUUCGUAUGGUUGUACCUGGCUUACUUCGACCUGCUGUCGGAUGGUUAUUUCAACUAGUGUUUGGGCAUCAUAGGCGUAUGACCCACCUUCUCGCAGCAGAUAUCACCGAGCGUCAGCGGAAUCGAGAGACGGGCAAUGCACAUCUAGUAAGUGUUCCAACUGUUAUGGUUCCCACACAAACUGACAACGACGAGAACCCCAAUGACAUGCUGACUUGGCUUAUGGACCAACCUUGGGAAGGACGGACAGAGCAUGCGCCGGAGUCCCUUGCUAUGCGAAUGCUCAAUGUGAAUUUCGUUGCCUUGCACACCACAUCCAGGGCCUAUAUUCACGCACUUUAUCAUCUUGUCGCCCAACCCGAAUACGUACUCAUCCUCCGUUCCGAACUUGAGACUUACCUCGAUCCAAAAACCCCUUGCGUGGUCCAAAGAGGCGCUGGCUCGAUCGUCAACCUAGAUAGCUUCAUCAAAGAAUCCCUUCGACUGAACGUGCACAGCGCUAUGUGGAUGCCCAGACUUACUUUGACACCGUUCGAAUUCUCUGAUGGAACCAUCGUACAGCCCAACAAUUUCAUCGCCACAGCCAUUACCGCUGUUCACGAAGACGAGACCAUCUACGACCAUGCCACGAAAUUCGAUGGGCUGAGAUUCUCCAAGACGGAGGGCUCAGUCGGCGUCGACCUAGACGUUGGCAUGGAUGCUACCAAUCCGCUGUGGAUGCAGAGACUGACCGGAACUUCGUCCUCGUAUUUAACGUUUGGUGGUGGGCGUCAUAUUUGGUACGUCCUGCAACAUUUGUGGGUGCUGGAAACUUAUGGAGAAUCGAAUAGCCCUGGUCGAUUUUUUUGCUUCCCUACAAAUUAA